AUGAUCGGCAGCCAUGCAAGGACUGUGCCUCCUCCAAACACGCCCUCAACUCUUCCUUCAAAUAAAGGCCCCGUGCUGUUUGUCCCCCACAGCUGCAGCAACCAGAGGAUUGUCCUCCUCCAUGUGGCUGGCCCAGGCCGCAGUCGCUUCUGCAAAGUAGUCGUGUCUGAAACAAUCUCUCCAGGUGAAGUCUCCUCUUUGCUCCUAUGCGGUAGGAACCCCAGGAAUCACACCCAUGACCACAGGAAGCGCCACGGCGACCACUGCAACAGCUCCCUGGGCUGCUUUCUCCACUGCUGCAGGGACCUCAGCUGCAGUCAACUUCUCCAUUGCCAGCAACACCUGCCACCUGCACUUCCAGCUCAGCAGCUGAAGAAACCCCUGUCAAACGGGGAACCUCACCCAGACCCGGAGCAGCCUGUUGCACCUUCUGUACCUCCACCAUCAGGGGACUUCACUCCCACAGCCUCAGCAGCUGAAGACUCUGAGAUGCACUGGACAACCUGGCCAAGAUCUGGAUCCGGAGCAGAACCUGCAGCCCCAGGACCCUGCACUCCUCCACCACCAGGGGCCCUCGCAAUCUGCAAAGGACAUCCUCCAGUCCGGACAACCACGGGCCACAUGCCAAACAAAUUGCACACAAUCUCCGCUAGCCAAUCCCUGGCUGUGUAGCCAUACUUAAGGCACUUACGGCAGUAUGUAGACAGCCCAGAAUAGGUUGAAAUGCCCCAUCUGGGCUGAUUAAAAACACAGCCAACAGAUGUCUUGCCCUUGCCCUUGCCCUUGCCCUCACCCUCAGAGUCCCUAUGCAGUCUGACAAGGCUGUUUGCCAUUCAACUCCAAAUAAACUUUUCACUCACACUUCCCCCAAAAAACCUCACUCUACAGAGUCACAUCAAACAAUCCAUGGGACUGGAAGUCCUAAACGCAAUACAAUCUUGUCACGUCUACCAUAAAUCCACCAUCACAUACUGCAAAUUCACCUUGUCUCUUCUUGGCAGUGUGACGAGACUAUUGACUUUGACCUUGUACAGAGCUUUAGCCCAAAGA